AGAUGAUGAUCCUUUCCAUCAAUGACCCACCAAGGAUGGAGAAGGACAGAGACCACAUGGCUACAAGGAUAUUAGACCUCACCCUGGAGAUCAUCUCCUUGAUAACUGGAGAGGAUUACACAGUAGUGAAGAAGUCGUCUGGUGAGUGUGUGACACCCCGUGUGUCAGGAGGAUGGAGCAGGACCCAGAGCCCCAUCACCGAGCCUCCACCUCAUUCCCUGAUACAUGAGCAGAAGAUCCUAGAACUUACCACCAGGAUCACUGAGCUGCUGAGCGGAGAGGUUCCUAUAAGGUGUCAGGAUGUCGCUGUCUAUUUCUCCAUGGAGGAGUGGGAGUAUUUAGAAGAACACAAGGAUCUGUACAAGGACUUCAUGAUGGAGAAUCACCAGUCCCUCACAUCACCGGAUGGAUCCAGUCAGAACAAUCCACCAGAGAGAUGUCCCAGUCCUCAGUAUUCCCAGGACUGUCCAGAGGAGAAACCAAAUAUCCCACUGGAUCAUCAGGAAAGUUUUGGUGAAACGAUGAGUGGACUUGAAAAACCUGGAUCAGUGUCUGUGAAAGGAGAAGAUGGGAUGAGCGACUCCCAUGGACAUCUACAUUUAUCUCCCUAUCAUGAAGCAGAAGAUAACAACACCACACACGCUAAUUCAAUAAAUUCUAAUGUACCCUCAGUUCUUCACAGCGGAGAUCUAUCCAUUGAUACCAUUGGUCACAAGAAAUCUUCAUCUAGUCAAUCACUGAUUAGCAAAACAAAAGCUGAACAGAAACAUAGGAAAAUAUUUCCAUGUGAGAAACAGUUGAAAAAUAAUUUUUUUCUUUCAUUGCAUGAGAGAAAUCACAGAGAUAAACAGUCAUUUUCAUGCUCAGAAUGUGGAAAAUCUUUUACCAGGAAAUUAAUUCUAGUUGGACACCAGAGAACUCACACAGGAGAGAAGCCAUAUUCAUGUUCAGAAUGUGGGAAAUCUUUUGCUCGGAAAUCAUACCUUGUGACCCAUCUAAGAAUUCACCAAGGGGAGAAUCCAAUUUCAUGCUCAGAAUGUGGGAAAUGUUUUAGUCAAAAAUCGGAUCUUAUUAUACAUCAGAGAAAUCACACAGGGGAGAAGCCAUUUUCAUGUUCAGAAUGUGGGAAAUGUUUUAUUCGGAAAUCGCGUCUU